AUGGUGGAAUCGAUGCGAUUAUUCGAAUCGAUUUGUAAUAGUCGGUGGUUCAUCAACACCUCAAUGAUUCUUUUCCUCAACAAGAAGGAUCUUUUCGCGGAAAAAAUCAAGCGGUCAAACAUCACCAUCGCCUUUCCCGACUACAAAGGUGCCCAGACGUAUGAAGAGGCAACGGCGUUUAUCGAGGAGAAAUUUGAGGGAUUGAACGCAAAUCCUGAGAAAACCAUCUAUAUGCAUCAAACAUGCGCCACGGACACCAAUCAAGUGCAAAUGAUUCUCGACUCUGUUAUCGAUAUGAUUAUUCAAGCGAACCUGCAGGGUUGUGGACUCUACUGA